AUGGUGAACGACGGCGAUGGCCCUUUUGGGCCAGUCGUAAAAGGCACACAGAUUGUUUUCUAUGAAUAUCGGCCCAACGCAGGAGCCGCCUGGACAUCUGUGGUGUUGUUUUCUAUUGGUGUCGUGGGGCACUUGGGUUACUUCUUCUGGCUUCGUGCGUGGCACUUUCUUCCGUUCAUACUUGGCGGCGUCGGUGAGGCGUUUGGCUACUACGGUCGCGCAAAAGCCUCCGAAAACCCUCUUGCUGUCGGUCCCUUCAUCAUGCAGAACCUCCUCAUCCUCGGAUCCCCACCACUCUUCGCAGCAACGAUCUACAUUAGUCUCGGCCGAAUUAUCAUAGCCCUCGAUCUUCGACGGCAUGCCGCCAUUAGUCCACGGCUCACUGCCUUCUUCUACGUCAUCGUCGAUAUCGGCUGCUUCGUCAGCCAGGUUUUUGGAUCCGUCAUGCCAGCUUCCGGAGACCCAUCAGCCAUAGAUCUGAGCAAGAAAAUCAUCAUGGGUGGUUUGCUUGCGCAGCUCGGCGUCAUUUGCCUUUUUGCGCUUUCUUGUGCUCAUUCGCAUCGAUGGGCCAAGCGCGAGGCGCCCAAUCUAAAUGCAACCCACGCUGGGAUCAACUGGAACAAGUACUACUUGAUGACGUAUGGAGUGGCUCUCCUCAUGUUUGUGAGGAGCUUGGUUAGAGGAAUCGAGUAUCUCCAGGGAGAUGGCGGAUACAUCAUAAAGCAUGAGUUCUUUGUGUAUGCCUUCGACGCUGCUCUCAUGGUGGCCAUUAUGGCUUUGUAUCUCUGGAUUCAUCCGGGGAGGCUCGUCCGCGAUCUUGGUCGAUACAUAAGCGAUGCAUUCGGAGACGAGCGGAACAUCAUGUUGGAAAGGCGAUAG